UGUCAACGCAAGAACAGUGUGCACAACUUUUGAGGCGAGAUCUGCUUGCAAAAUUGGGACAUAUAAAAGUAAGAAGAGAGGGAGGGAGAGAUAGAGAGAUACGGAUCUACAAAAAAAAAAAAAAAAAAAGAAAAAAGUAUGUAAUAUAAGUUCGCUUUAGAGAGAGAAAUUAAGAGGGAGAGAGAGAGAGAGAGAGAGAGGAGGCGACGAUGGGGUGCUCGUUCUCCGGGCUCAACGCGAUCUACGGGGCCGUGGGGAGCGGCGGCGAUGUGUGGAUCAACGAGAACCGAUUCCGAAUCUUGAAGCAGCUCGGCGACGGCGGGGCCGCCGCCGUCUUCCUCGUCAAGGAGCUCGUCCCCGCCGCCGCCGCCGCCGCCGCCGCCGCUCCUGGCGGCGCCGGCGGCCUCGCCCGCAAGAAGGGCGUCAGCCCCUCCCACAUUUCAGCUGAUGGGACGUAUGCUAUGAAGAAAGUCCUUAUUCAAAGCGAGCAGCAGCUGGAACUGGUUCGGCAGGAGAUUGGUAUCUCUUCCCAAUUUAGUCACCCUAAUCUGCUUCCCCUUCUUGAUCAUGCCAUAAUUGCAGUUAAGGGUACGCAGGAAGGAUCAAAGAACUACGAAGCUUACUUGUUGUUCCCAGUUCAUUUAGAUGGAACUUUGCUGGACGUUACCAAAGUUAUGCAAGAGAAGAAUGAAUUCUUGUCAACAAUUAAUAUUCUUCAGAUAUUCCGUCAGAUUUGUGCAGGAUUGAAGCAUAUGCACAGUUUUGACCCUCCGUAUGCGCAUAAUGAUGUCAAGCCUGAGAAUGUACUCAUAACGCACAGAAAGGGACAACCACCUCUAGCUAUUUUAAUGGAUUUUGAGAGUGCUCGCCCUGCCAGAAAAGCAAUUCGUUCUCGUUCUGAGGCAUUGCAGUUGCAGGAAUGGGCUUCUGAGCACACCUCUGCAGCUUACCGAGCUCCUGAAUUAUGGGAAUGUCCAAGCAAUGCUGACAUUGAUGAGAGAACUGAUAUAUGGUCUCUGGGAUGCACCUUGUAUGCAAUGAUGUUCGGAAAAUCUCCUUUCGAAGACGCGCUUAACGAAGCGGAAGAAAAUAAACAUUUGGUGGUUAGAAAUCCAGAAAUAAAAUGGUCUCCCGGACCGGACACCCCAUACCCAGAGUCUCUCCGCCAAUUCGUAGUUUGGAUGCUUCAGCCUCAGCCCGCAGUUCGACCUCACAUCGACGACAUCAUCAUCCACGUCGAUAAGCUCGUCGCGAAACACUCGAGUUAAGAUGAUUCUUUUGUCACUGUAUCUGUAAUUUUAUAGUGCAUCUGCUUAAUAUAUGCCAUUCAAAUGUGAUAAUUUUACAGUAGUCCUAUUUAUUAAUAUUGUGAGGAGAGGGCAUUACUUUGUAUCCUGAACCAAAAUCAUGGAUUUAUUGUCAUUUUUUGUUAUUUUAAUAAUUAUAAUAAUAUAUAUAGCUCUAUGAUGUUGUGCUA